GCGAACAUUUUGACAGGGUAUCGACAGACCCGGAAAUGUACUCGGUUCGGUUACCUACCUAAUCAUACAUGUGUUAGGUUUAGCUUAUGUCAACAAGGAAGGUACAGACCUGUUUUUUUUUUUUCCAUGUACUAAUCACACUAUUUGACUAUUCGUCUUGUCAAGCUGAUCAGCCCCAGCUCCAGAAGGAAUUAAUUUUUUUUUAAAGUCUCGAGGCGAUAACUCUGAAGUUAUGGAACCGAGCAGUCAAACGACAAGAUUAAAAGAAGGUUUCUUGGUGAAAAAGGGCCAUGUGCGAACAAACUGGCGGACGAGAUGGUUUGUGUUGUUUAACGAUGCCCUGGCUUAUUACAAGAAAAAGAAUGACGAAUAUGCCGCGGGUGCUGUGCUCUUAGCAGGCUGCUCUGUGCUGUCACCAUGCCCUCAGUACACAAAGAAAACAGGUGUAUUCCAGCUAUCGACGCUCGAUGGCUUGGAGUUGUUAAUGCAGGCAUCCAAUGAGGCAGAACGUGAUGAGUGGGCUAAGGCAAUUGGAGAUGCCAUCAGGACGUGCAGUAGCGCCGAAGGGCAGAACGGACGCAGGUCCGAACUCACUGAGGCGCAGGUUAAACGCAGCAAGGAAAUCAUCCAAGCCAUGCAGGAUCCAGGAGCAGGUAUCAAACUGAAAACCAAGACGUUGGAUGGGACGGAAUACAAAUUCUGUUUCUCAGGUCAAGAACUUGUUGAUUGGCUGCUGAAAUGGUCCUUUGCCGAAACUAGAAAAGAUGCUGUUGCCAUAGCAACGGAUCUGGUAAUUGCAGCUCAUCUGCAUCCCUUGGUCAGAUGUCGGACCCUCGCCAACUGUCGACAGGCUCUGCUGGAUGAACCCAGGGCAUUCUAUAAAUUCUCAGCUUUCCACAUGUCUGCCAUCAAGGCCCUCCUACCAUCCAGCAGUGAUUCUGAUUCCAGCAAUGACUCAGACACGGAAGCCAAGUCCAGACCAGUCUCUGUGUCUGCCAUCAAAUCUUUGAAGGGUCGCGGAGGCAAGCCGGUCAAGCAAGGAUUCAUGAUGAAAAGGGGCCAUGUAAGGCACACGUGGAAAGCGCGAUUGUUUGUCUUAUGGGACGAACCACCUUAUCUGAUGUAUUACAGAGGGUCAAAGGCUGGCGAUGAGAAACCUCUGGGUGAGAUUCCACUACGAUGGUGCAAGGUUGACAUCGUGGAUGCUAGUCGGGAUCAUUCCGACCUUUCCCUGAAGAACAAACAGCGGCAGAACCUAUUCAGUGUGACAACAGAGAAGGGUAAGAUGUACGUGAUGCAGGCAGGCAGCCCAGAGGAGAGGACGGAAUGGAUGCGAGCCAUCAUGAGCCCCAACGAUAUCACCCAUCACGGAUCAGAACGGGACGGGAGAAAGUAACUGCUUUAGACACCCAAUUGGGAGUUUCUUUCAGCUGCAACUACCAUAAAAUCCCUGGAUUUGAUUUGUUCUAAUAAGCGGCUCCCUGGGGAUUAUUAUCCUUUUCUAGAAGUGUUAUACUGAUCACAUUGUUGUGACAAAUUGCACUGAUUACCGCUGCAUGUUUGCCAUGGCCUGGCAACUCAAACUUCAAACGGUGUGCUGCAUAUUGUGAGUUGGAGUCCAUCCAGUAGUGUUGGGAUACACAGUGUGCCCCCUAGAAAAAGGGCCAUUAGUCUCCCCACCCAGGGGAUAACGUAUACCGACACACAAGGGAAUGGAAAUUUUUUGAGUUUUUUUUUUUUAGCCAGGUGUUUACGUCAACUAAGCACAAGCUACACUGUGCAUCUCCCAGCGGGCUGGGAUGGUCUUUAAAGUGCUGUUUAAAUUAUGCUACCAACAGAAAAAAAAUGGCUGCAUUUGAGUGUUGCCAACAGUACUCACAGAUGCAGGAAAAUGUUGCAGCGCAAUACUUUUAGGUCACAUUGAAUAAAUGAUCAAUGUUUACCUUUCUGCCAUCUUUGAGAUAUCUCCCUGUACAUGAUCCUAGACUGUUGGUUUUAUUGACAAUAUAGUCUUACUUUGGUUCGGGUCACGACAUCACCUGUAGCACUUUUAGCGUUACAUGCAUGAACAGAAGUUUCGUUACUAAACCAUUACUAAAAGAGCAGCCCUAUAUUUCGUUUAUUGAAACUGAUCGAGUCAUUGUUUCAGUUAAACUUGACUGUUUCAAACGUAUGUAGACGGCAUUUCCAAUAUCCCUGCCGAAGCAGGUAGAGUUAUGCGCAUACACACAGGCAACCAACUCUAUGCACUCAAGAAACCAUGAACAGAGUAUUAAUUAACAGGAUUGGUUUAAAGUUCAUCAAGUCUAAACGUAACAGUUUUACUGAAAGUACUCAACCACUGAUUACUCUGUUGGACAAUACAAGUUUCUCCAAACACUUCGGGCAACUUCAUUAUUCCUGCUGAAUACUGCAAUUUCGUUUUUGUACCUCAGCCAGGAAAUUUCUCAAAAUAUUUGGAAUGACACGAUUGGUUGAUUUACUUAUAGUACUUUAUAAGAUGCAGUUCAUAAUUAUUUUUGAUAUAUUUAUAAAUUUGCUAGAAGAUGCCAGUUGAUGUUAAGUACUUAGAUUUAAUGGUUUGUCUAUGAGGAAGUGUCAGGCCGUUCUCAAUUCUUUGUCUGGAUUCUUCCAUUGUAAGUUACAAAUUUUCACUGUGGGAACAUGAAUAUUUUUCAAGACCUACUGUCCUCACAUUUCACAUUUAGUCACUUCACACUUUUUAUACAAAAUUUGAAUGAAUCCCUGUCAUCUGAUUGCUGAAUUGUUGAUCACAUGACAUGAAUCUGUCCCACCAGACUGGGCACGCACCAUGAAACAAUUGCAUCAGGCAUUUAGGAUGCAAACCAAUUUUGGUUGGAUGAUUAAUGCAUGCUGUGUGCACAGUUCCAUGCAGAAACUGCUGCCGUACGGGAUGCUGACACUGCUAAAACAAAGACAAAUGAAAUGUUUCAUCAAACCAUCAAAUGUGUGAAGGGAAUUUCUGAAUAAAUAGGUAACUUCCAUUAAAGCAAUCGUUACUGAGUAAUUGGAAUCCUUCAUAGCAAUUUUACUGCCGAAUGAGAAGGGAAACUGGUUAGUACUGAAGUUGCCAAUCAGAUGAAGAUUCAUUCAAGCAUUGUCUGAAACCAUAUUUCAUAUUUGUGAAAUGGAAAGAAUAAUUGACAAUCGGUGACAGCUUCAUUCAGUGAAUGUCAUGAAUAACAAUGUUCCAUUCCAUUCUGCUUUUCCUUGUUAAAUCUGUCAACUUGUAAACUUAUUCUAUUUUACCACUGCACUUAUAAACAUUCUUUUUAUACCAUAAAAAAGGGGAUGUGAUGGUUGUAAAAGAUUCAGCACUGGGAAUUACAUUCGUGAAAUUUAAAGCCUGAGGACGGAGUUGAAAAUCCAUUGUUUCUAGGGCACAUGCAUGCUUACAAUGUUGAGUAACCACUUAUUCUUGUCAAAAUUGUCAUAUGAACAUUUUAAAUUGAUGUUUAUGACCGUUUGGAGGUUCAGAGAUUCUGAGAUACUUGCACAUGCACUAUAUAACUAUUUUUGAUACAAUUUAAAACUCUAGCACAAGAUUUAUCCAUAUAAGCAACUGUGUCAUUAAAAUUUAUCCCAAUGGAGGAUAAUCAA